ACACGAUGCAAGCAGCUAUAAAUAAAGGAGACACAAACGAGCUUGCACCAUUCAACAUUUGAGGACCUCAAGAAUAUAAUACCCGGAGCUGAAAUAUUCUCUCUCAGAAGUUACCAUGUCAGGACGUCGUGGACCACCCUCUGGUACACCUGCAGCAGGAUCGAAAAAAGAAGCACAAAUUGUCUCCUAUCGUGUCGGCAAAUGGCUACCCUCCGAUCAAGAGCGCCUCAAUGAUUGGCUGAAGAAACUCAUCGAAGAAGUCGACGGCACUGACGAGAUUGACGGGGCUGACGAAAUAGAUGCAGCUGCAGAAGGCCUCAAAAUCCCCGGUCUUCUCCCACCAGUGGAAGACCUGAAGACCCUCAUCGAGACUGAUUCCGAGGUCAGCAUGUUCUUUCACCAGAUGUUUGCUCAAGUUCCAUUCAAACCUCCGUACAUUCUCGAUCCAAUGGGCAAGCCGCAGGUGAGGCAUUACCGUCUAAUGCUUCGUCUUAUCAACAGAGUCAUGACCAAAGCACCCGAGUACAGCAGGAAGGGUCUCGUCGGGUUCCCAAUCAAUGCCAUCUUGGAUUGGCCCAUGGCAACAGUCGGUGGAUACGCUGCCUUUCUUAACGACAAGGUCAACACGCAACUCAAAAGGGUUCUGAAUUGCUGGGGAACGUUUUUGAAGUCGUCUGAUUCCUGCUACGUUCUAAGCAACGAUGACAAAACAGGGUGGUUCGGAAAGGAAGCAAUGGAAGAUAUGCCGAAUUUCGAUUUGGAGUUUGUUUGCGAUCCUAAAGCUGCUUAUCAUGGCUUCACAUCUUGGGACGACUUCUUCGUACGACAAUAUCGAGAGGGAAUGCGUCCAAUUGCAAGCCCUGACGAUACAAAGGUCAUUGCAAAUGCUUGCGAGUCAGCAACUUUCAACAUUCAAUUCAACGUCAAACGUCGAGCUCGAUUUUGGAUAAAAUCACAGCCCUACUCGAUGCAGUUCAUGCUUGCCAAUGAUCCGCUUGUUGAUCUUUUUGUCGGUGGGACGGUAUACCAAGCAUUUCUAAGCGCCCUCAGCUACCAUCGUUGGCACAGCCCCGUAGACGGUAUAAUCAAGAAAGCAUACGUUGUGGAAGGCAGUUAUUAUUCUGAGGCACAGUGUGCAGGAUUUGAUGACUCAGCUCCGAACGAUACUCAGAGUUACCUCACCGAAGUCGCUGCUCGUGCCGUCAUUUUUAUCGAGGCUGAUAACAAGUACAUCGGUCUUAUGGCAUUCCUUGCUAUCGGCAUGGCUGAAGUGUCGACCAAUGAGAUCACAGUGUACGAGGGACAGCGCGUGAAGAAGGGACAAGAACUCGGAAUGUUCCACUUUGGAGGGUCCACUCAUUGCCUCAUUUUCAGGCCGGGAGUUGAGGUAAAAUUUGUUGUCGAGCAGAAAGAAAUUGGAGAAUAUCCACACGACAACAUCCCCAUCAAUUCCAAGAUUGCAACAGUCCCUUAUGACCAGUAAAGAACUUAAUUUGGAACGAUGAUAGAUAUACACUAUGUAGCUAUAGUUAUAGUUGCAAACUGAAACUGUAGUCUUGUAGAAUUACAAUUUUAGUAAUGACAAAGGACAAACAAUUUUUUUGUAUAUAUAUAGAGAUAUAGAUUCAACAGUAGAUGGAUGAAUGAUAAUUAUAAUUUCAUAUG